GGAGUUCAGACGAGCGGAGCGAGCAAAAUGGCGGACGAAGAUAUUACGCUUGAUGGAAAACCUCUACAGUCGCUCCGAGUUGCGGAUUUGAAAGCUGCUUUGGAGCAAAGGAACCUACCAAAAAGCGGGCAGAAAAACACUCUAAUAAAGCGACUUAAAGGGGCUCUGAUGCUGGAAAACCUACAGAGGUCAUCAUCUUCUCACAGUGGGCUGCAGCCUAAUUCACAGAUAGGAGAAGAGAUGUGUCAGAACAGUUUCAUUAAACAGUACCUGGCCCAGCAGCAAGAGCUCCUACGACAGAGACUUGCGAGAGAGGCCCAGCGGGAGGAGGAGGCCGAUGAAAGCCCAGCUGGAGCAGAGGAAGAUGAAGACCAGUCUGAAGAAAAUGACAGCCCUCCCUUCACCAGCAAGCAUCAAGGCACCCUGGAGCAGCCCUCUGGUCCUGAUGUUGGAGGGGAUAACUCUGUGAGUGGUCGUGGAUCUGCUCCCGCUUCCCACCGCCGAGAGUCUACUGAAGCCCCAAGAGCUCGUUUGCAGCGCGGCCCCCAAGGACCCAAGGAGCCAUCAGCCACCUCCCCUCCACGAGCUGUCGCCUCCUUCUCAGUCCGUGUCCUGGGACAGCCUGACAUGCAAGGAUACGCAGCCGCUUUGCCCCCAGGCCAGGAGAAGGAAGCAGCCACUCCAAAAAAAGCUCAGCCUGCGCUCAAUCUCAGCCGCUCCGCCCGGAGUUCCGCUGAAAACCACGUUAAAGACGACAGCGACGAGGAGGAGGAGGACGAUGAUGACAGCGAUGAAGAUGAGGAUUGGGGACCGGGUCCUGGAGGGGCAAGAAGGAGAAAGGCAACGGUUCCCUCAAAGCAGCCGGUGGCUCCCAGUGCAUCAUCAGCUACUGCAAGAUCCAAACGCAAGCUUCAGCCUCCUCAGCACAUCCCUCCUCCGCAGGUACACGACACUCCCAUGCAGCUGCGUCACCCAACACCUCCCCCCUCUCCACCCCCUAACCUCUUCCCCCUACCUGACACUCCAAAGCAAAGCCCCCCAGAUGAUCAAGAAAGAGGAGCUCCAGAUGGGAUGGACUCUUUCCCGCCUCCCCCCAUGCAGAGGCAAGACUCCGGCUCCAGCUCCGGCUCCAGCAGCCCCGAGCCUCCUGUGAAGCGCCGCUUCGGCCCCCUCUCACUGCUCAUGGACAGGAUGGAGUCAGAGGAAGGGACCUCAUCUCCUGGGUUCUCCGGAGAAACGGCACAUUCAACCGCCACAUGUUCCAGUGAAUCCCCUCUUCCGUCAUCGGAAACAAAAACGCAACAGGAAGGAGAGAGACAGCUGAAGGAGGAGAGGGAGGGAGAGCGUCUGAAAAGGCAGGAGCAAGAAAUGGAGAAGAAACGCCUGGAGGAAGAGAAGGAAAAGGAAAGAGAACGGCUGCAAGAGGAGAGGAAGCAGCGACAGAAAGAGGAAGAGGAAAAAAGAUACCAGGAGUUGGAAAAAGAAAAGAAACACAAAGAGGAGGAGAAGAGAAGAGAGGAGCAGCGGUUAAAGGAGGAGGAAGAAAAGAAACAAGAGGAGCAGAGGAAUAACCAGAAAGCAGCAGCUGCUGAAAAAGAUUCAGACUCCUCCUCAGAUUCAGACUCCAAAUCAGAGUCUUCCUCACGCUCAUCAUCAUCAUCAUCCUCUUCUUCCUCCUCCAGGGAUAAAGUUCAGCCUGCCAGUCAGCUGAAGAAGGCAGACGAAGGACAAAGGGCAGAGAUUAAUGAAAAGACUAAGUUGAAUAAAGACUCUGAGAAACCUAACCUUUCAAAAAGGGAGGUGUCCGAGCCCAGCACAGCUGCCGUUACCGAGGUGGAACCGGACUCUGAGAGCUCCAUGGCCCAGCAGCCAGCAUCUGGGGCUGAGCCUGAGAGCAGCGAGAGCCGCACGGAGGAGAGCACCACUCCUAAGGUUUUUGCUGCUCGCAAGAUAUCCCUGUCCAGCAGCAAGGCAUCUCCAGCCAGCACAGAUGGAGGAGCAGGAGAGUCUGAAACGGGGAACGCUGCAGGGAGGAAGAGGCGAUGGGGCUCCAGCACAGCAGUCACUGUUAAGAAGCCAUCGAUCAGCAUCACUACAGACUCCCUAAAGUCUCUGAUUCCAGACAUCAAGGUGAACCAGGACGCAGUGGUGGACCUUCACCCCGAGGAGCUGCAGACGUCCGGAGACGAGGAGAACUCUGACGCCGGUCGGAGCGACCCUGAUAAAGGCCUCAAGAUCCGACGCACCGUUACCCAGGUUGUUCCCAGUGAAAGCCAGGAAAACGGACAAACUAAUGUAGAAGAAGAAAUGGAGAAAACAGACGAUGAAAAGCAGCCAAAGACUCCACGAGAAAAGAAGAGCAGUGUGUCUGAGGAAACGUCUGAGACGCAGAUCACUGUCAGCCUAGAUGGAGAGGCAAAGAAAGUUCCUUCCGGUGAAGAAUCGAAGUCUGUCGUUACCAUGGAAGUGGAUAAAAAACUACCAGUGACUCCCAGCGACAGUCUGGUGCGGCGCUCCAUCAGUCAGCAGAAGUCUGGCGUUUCCGUCACAAUCGACGACCCUGUUCGCACAUCCAGGCAGCCCUCACCGCCUCGAGGAAAAAUCUCCAACAUCAUUCAUGUGAUAAACCUGGUCCGACCUUUCACUCUGCUCCAACUCAAAGAGCUGCUGAACCGAACGGGGACCGUGGUGGAGGAGGGUUUCUGGAUCGACAAGAUCAAGUCUCACUGCUACGUCACAUACACAACAACAGAGGAGGCGGUUGCCACCAGGACGGCUCUUCAUGGAGUCAAAUGGCCUGCUAGUAACCCUAAGGUGCUCAGUGUGGACUUCUGUGAGCAAGAUGAGCUGGACUAUCAUAAAGGCAUCCGGAAGCCAGAGAAAGAACAGGAGCAGGCCAUCCCUGCUCCUGUUCCUGCUCCUCCUCAGCCAAGGCUGCCCCCUCUGAUGCCCGUACGGGACAGGGACAAGGAGCAGGACAGAGAGCGGGAGCGUGAUCGGGAACGGGACAGAGGAGUCCGGGAUCUGUGGGCAGAGCGACAGAGGGAGAUGGAGCGGCGAGAACGGGCUCGAGGGGAGCGAGAGUGGGACCGGGACAAGGUCCGGGAAUUCGCCAGACCCGGAGAGGAGGGGCGGCGAUCUCGGUCCAGAGAGAGGGAGAGGAGGAGGAGGGAGAGAGCAAAGAGUAAGGAGAAGAAGACUGAUAAGAAGGAGAAAGAUGAACCUCCUGCUAAACUACUAGACGACCUGUUCCUGAAGACCAAAGCAGCUCCCUGUAUAUACUGGCUCCCCCUCACCGAGGAGCAGGCGAACCAGAGGAUUCUAGAUCGCGUGGAACGGCAGAAGGAGCGCGAACGAAGGCGCAAGGAGCUAGACGAGGAGAACAGCAAGAAGCGGGACGAGGAGAAGAAAGAGAGGCUCAAGGGGCGGGAGAAGGAGGUUGGCGCUGUCGCAGCAAGCGGCGGACCUUCCGGGAGAGGAGCCGACGCCGAGCGGAGCCGAGACAGAGAAGGGGACAAGAGGAGGGACAGCAGCCACCGAUCCAGACGAGCCUCGCCGGUGUCAGGCAGCGGACGGCGCUCCCGUAGUCGCAGCAACCCCCGGGACAGGCGCCGCUGAGGGGGCCGGAAGCUGCAGGGAGAGGCGAAGAGAGGGAGGGUGCAGAGUAGCAGAGGACGCAACAGGCAGGAAGUCAUGAAAGGAAAAUGUCCUCACCGUCUGCUCCACCGUGCUUUCAACGGUUCAACCAUGGCGCCAGUGUUGUCUUCCACACUUCUCUCAUACCCCUCCUCCUUCCUUUUUAGCGUUCACAUACAGGAAAUAAUUUCAGAUAUAAGGAAGUGUCCGUUUGUCUUCAUCCUUCGUUUACUCUAUUCCAGUCUCGACCAAUUCUCUUCAUCAUGCUUCAGUUCUCCGCUGAGGAGAAGUAGCGGGGGGGCGUUUGGUUCUCCAUGCCUCCCUCUUCAUUUUAGGACGGGACUAAUUUAGUUUCGUGGCCGCACGCUUCCUUCCUCCCUCAGAGCCCUGUAAUAAAACCAGUCCGAAAUAGCUCCCCGACCGUGACCCAUGUUUUCUAGAAGCUGUUUUACUGUUCGGCAUCAAGAGUCAAAUAUAUCUAUCUAUGUAUAUACAACAAAAUUUACAAAUGACCCUUAGUGGAAUCGAAGGUUUAUUUUAUUUUUUUGAAUGCUGAUUAUUUUCUCAGCCGUGGAUGGUUAUGGUGUUGAAGCAAGUUGGUGAUAUUAAUCUCUCUUCAACGAUGCAACUGGUCUGAUCACUGUAACCCGUACAAGGAGCACAGGGAGAGGAGGCGCUAGGCCCGGUUUGAGAAGGCAGGACAGAAGCCCAGCUCAGCAGCCUGGUCCGUCACAUCUAGGUAAAGGUCAAAGGUUCAUCUUCUGAUACUUAAUAUUUGGAAUUUUAAUAUUUUUAAUUUUGUUUUUAGUUUGCUUUUUAUUUUUUUUUCCUCCAUCCAAGUGCUGAAUGUACCAAGAAUUUGUGAAAUGAAUAAAUUGGGUUUACCACACCAUUUGGA